CUGAUGCAGCUGACUCUGUGUUUCCAUGAGAACAAAAGACUUCGUCACUGCAGCAACACAAACAUGUCCUGAACAAAGGCGGCCAUGUUUCCAGAAAUCCGUCCUCCCAUAAAUCCCAGCGGCGAGCGGCUCAGAGUGGUUUGACUCUGGGAGCUGCUGAGCGUGAUGCCUCUUCCCCGACGUCGCUCUUCUUUCCUGGGACAGCCGUCCACCGAACGCCCGGCCACUGCCUCCUGCGGCCGGAUGGGCUCGGCCACCACCGCCGCCCCCCGUGGCGUCUUUGUGGGCUCUGCCCCUCCAGUGGGCGGGGCCUCCUGUCUGGGGACGCGGGUGUCCCGGCGAGCUCUGGGCAUCAGCAGUGUGUUCCUGCAGGGGAUGAGGAGCAGCGCAGCGCCAGUGCUUCCCCGCGCCGGGGAACGGUCAGCAGGUCACGGUGCGGCUGCAGGGCUGAACAGCUGCCUGAUGGAGUACCGGGACAAAGUCCGAGCCCUGGAACAGCUGAACCAGCAGCUGGAGGACCAGAUCAGACUCUGUCUGGACCGCAAAGCAUCCAGCGCCGGAGCCUGGGGACCCCUCAGGAGGGACUGGGAGGACGUCUACAGACAGGUCAGUGAAGCCAUCCUGGACAACGCUCGGCUGAUGCUGCAGACGGAGAAUGUUCAGGCCAACGCUGAGGACUUCAAGGACAGGUUUGAGAACGAGCAGCCGUUCAGGAGGGCGGUGGAGGAGGAGAUCAGCUCUCUAUAUAAAGUGAUCGAUGACGCCAACCUGACGAAGGCAGAGCUGGAGGAGCAGAUGGAGAACAUGAGGGCGGAGCUACGCAACCUGGAACUCAGCCACGAGCAGGACGUGCGAGUCCUCUACAGUCAGAUGGCGGGACGUGAGGUGGACGAACCCGAUGCUCCCAUAGAAACCAGUCUAGACCAGAUCCUGGCCUACAUCCGGAGCCACUGGGAGAAGGUGACGGAAAGGAACCGAGCCGAGACCGACAGCUACCUGGAGUGCAAGGAGGCGCAGUGCGUGAGCAGCAGACUGAGUCCUGAGGAGGAGCAGGUGGAGGCGCUGAAGGCCGAGUGUAAUGACACCGGCUGUAAGAUCCAGAGUCUGCAAGCCGAGACCGAGUCCAUCAGAGCGCUGAAACGAGGUCUGGAGAACUCUCUGGAUGACGCCCGGCACUGGCAUGACAUGGAGCUGCAGAACCUGGGCUCCGUGGUGUCCAAGCUGGAGGCGGAGCUCGCAGACGUGCGCAGCGAGAUUGAACAGCAGCGCCGCGACUACGAUACGUUGCUGAGCAACAAGCAGCGACUGGAGCAGGAGAUCGGAAUGUACCACGGCAUCCUCGAUGGAGAGGAGAGCCGCUUCCAGCCUGCAGAGACACCGUGUGCAGGUCUGCACUCAGAGCCUGAGGGGGCUGCCAGUGCUUCUGCUGCUCUGGACUCUAGGACUCAAGGACCUCCAGGACCUCCAGGACAGUGAUCCCAGUAGAGGACGUGAGGAGCAGACUGAAAACCAGCAGAGACCUUCUGGAUGUGGACUCUGUGAGGUGGACCUGGUCUCUGCUGGAGGAUUUUCUACCUGGUGACGUGUGCAGGAAGUCCAGCGUGAACAGAAAUCAGCAGUGAUCUGACCUGAACCCAGUUUCUUCUGAUGAAACGGCUGAAUGUGAAUGUGAUGAGUCUUCAGGUAAACCUGGUCCCAGAACACCUGAGGACCCAACUUGGACUGGUCCCUGUAUCCAGGCUGUACAGGGUCCUGCAUUAGUGCGGCUUCUGUCUGAUCAUUAGACAUUAUGUCAAACUUGUGAGUUACUAAAUAAAGAUUACAAGACGA